AUGGGAUCCAACAUUCAGACCAAAGGACAACCACAACCACGAGUAGCCAUCAUAUUGAGAACUUCGCUCACUAUAUCCUCCGCCAUGUUGCCUUACGUGGACCUCCCUUUUCAGUAUAUCGCUGGAAUUUUGGGGGCUUCCACGGAUGAAUCAUUUGCUAACAGUAAUGGCAGUGUCUCUUCAUUCUACUUGGUUGGCCUCUUCGACCUCUGGUCCGGCGUCAGAACUUUGGCCAUCAGCUCCAUUGGCGCCUAUUGCAUCGCGCAGCAUGUCCAAGGCCCCUUCAUGCCAUGGAUUGGAUUUUUGUUCCUCAUGGGUCACAUGUCCAUCAAUCAACUUGGACGCCAGUGGGCCAAUGACCCCGGAUCAGUAGACAUUACCGGCGCCCAGAUGGUCCUCGUGAUGAAGCUCACGGCUUUCUGUUGGAAUGUUGCAGAUGGCCGGCUACCAGAGAAGGAUCUGUCAGAAUUCCAGAGGGAGAGAGCACUGAAAAAACUUCCUUCGCUGCUCAACUACGCUGGCUAUGUGCUCUUCUUCCCAUCACUGUUUGCUGGACCGGCUUUCGACUAUGUCGAAUACAGGCGCUGGAUCGAAACCACCAUGUUCGAAGUCCCAGCUGGAGUCGACCCUUCCAAGAAGGCCCCAACACGAAAGAAGAGAAAGAUCCCUCGAAGUGGGACUCCAGCUGCAUGGAAAGCCGCGACAGGAGUCUUUUGGAUCAUCAUGUUCCUGCAACUCAGUGGAUGGUAUUAUCCCAACUUGCUGACUGGCGACAAAUACUUGACCUACCGAUUUCCCCGCCGGGUUUUGAUACUUCACAUGCUUGGUUUUACAACCAGACUGAAGUACUACGGUGUCUGGGCUUUGACUGAAGGAGCUUGCAUCCUCUCUGGUCUCGGCUACAAAGGGGUUGAUCCAGUCACUGGGAAGGUAUCAUGGGAUCGCCUUCGUAACGUAAAUCCAUGGGGCGUCGAGUCUGCUCAAAAUACUCGUGCCUACCUUGGAAACUGGAAUAUCAACACCAAUAAUUGGCUACGCAACUACAUCUACCUACGGGUAACACCUCGCGGGAAAAAACCUGGGUUCAGAGCCAGUAUGGCCACUUUCGUCACCAGUGCAUUUUGGCACGGCUUUUACCCAGGGUACUACUUGACAUUCGUACUGGCGAGCUUUGUGCAAACAGUUGCAAAAAAUUGCCGCCGCUACUUCCGCCCCUUCUUCCUCGACCCAGAGACAAGCCAACCAACCUCAAGCAAAAUCUACUACGACAUAUUCUCCUACCUCAUCACUCAACUCUCGUUCUCCUUCGUAACAGCGCCUUUCGUCCUCCUCACCCUUCCGGCGUCCUUCCUUGUCUGGGCCCGCGUUUACUUCUACGCUGUGAUCGGUACCGCUCUCGCAACAGCUUUCUUUGCGUCACCUGCAAAAGCGAUGUUGAUUCAGAAACUUAAUGCGAGAGCGGCUACGACAGGGCCUUUGAAGAGAACGAUGAGUCAGGAGAGCUUUUCAAGCAAAGAACCAAUCUUAGGUUUGCCAUCGGAGCCCGAAAAGGAUUUGGAUGAGUUGGUGUCCGAGGUCAAGGCGGAGAUGGAGGAUAGGCGGAGGAGGCUGAGUCUUAAGAGGGCGCAGACUGUGCCAGCUUCUAAGCCGAAAAAUCUUUGA